CGAACGUUGUACGAUCAACUUCUGUAUCCGUUGUUUGAGGUUCAAAGCUUCCACAAGUUAAUGCAAUUCUUUUUGCUUCCCCUGGACCAAGAAAUCCAACUCCAGGUUUGCCUUUUAAGCGUCUAGUGGUGCACGAAAGUGAAAAACAAUGGUGUUUGAAGAAGCAUUGACAAUCUGCAAUGGAAAAGUCAAUAUGUCGUUUACAACUUCACCUACGCAAUCUGCUGGACGCAAUUGAAAACAAAUUUUCCGCAACCGCAAGUCAAAAAACACGCAAUCCGCAACUGCGUCCAGCCCUGCUCUAUAUCUACCAAUGUGCUUCAACAACAAAAAUUGCAGCAGCAAAAACAACAAUUAAUUGCAGCAGUAGCAACAGUUCCCCUCCAAAAAUCUGAUUU